AUGUGUGCAUCUUUGGAGAAUUUAACCAAUACAGAUAAUGAAAAUGCCGCAAGCGAUGCUAAUGGUAAUGACACUACAACCACAGCCGCAACAACAACGGCAGCAGCAGCAACAACAUUACUUAUAGCGUCAACGGAGAUGGGUGAGGGAACGGAAAACAUCGCGCUAGCCCAUGAUAAUUUGCCGAUACCCGCAAUAACGUCACAAGAGCAGAUACUACGUGAAUUUGGGCCAAAUUUUAAAAUAUUGCAAUGUAAUCCACAAGUACAUGAACUUUUGACAAUUAUUCGGGAUAAAAACACCACACGAAGUGAUUUUAAAUUUUAUGCCGAUCGUCUAAUACGUCUAGUCAUUGAAGAGUCGCUAAAUCAAUUGCCCUACUCAAAUUGUAGCGUUGAAACACCCACCGGUGCCAUAUACGAUGGUUUAAAAUAUCAAUCGGGUAAUUGUGGUGUUUCGAUUAUACGUUCCGGAGAGGCUAUGGAACAAGGGUUGCGUGAUUGUUGUCGUUCCAUACGAAUUGGUAAAAUUUUAGUUGAAUCCGAUUCGGAUACGCAUACAGCACGUGUGGUAUAUGCACGCUUUCCCGAUGAUAUUGCACGUCGGCAAAUAUUACUUAUGUACCCGAUAAUGUCAACGGGUAAUACGGUACUGCAGGCUGUAAAUGUCCUCAAAGAACAUGGUGUACCCGAAAGUAGUAUCAUUCUCUCUAAUCUCUUUUGCACUCCAUUGGCUGCUAGUUGUGUUGUUCGAACAUUUCCACGUUUGAAAAUACUCACCUCCGAAUUGCAUCCCGUGGCACCAAAUCAUUUUGGUCAGAAAUAUUUUGGUACUGAUUAAAAGCAAAAAACUCAAAAACCAAAA